AUGCCACAGUUUCAAUGUCAGGCCCCCGGAUGCACCUCGAGCUACCGUCGUAAAGAGCAUCUCCGACGCCACGAAGCGCAACAUCGUGGAAAUCACCUUCGCACUUGUUCAAUUUGUGGUCGUGCCUUUUCUCGCAGUCUUCGACGUCAUAUUCGUCGCGAUCAUGAAGUCCCUGGACGACCUCUCGCUCGCGCUACACAGGCCUGCAGAAGUUGUCGUAUGUCCAAGACACGGUGCCAGGGAGGCUCACCAUGUACGGAGUGCUCUUUGAAGGGGAAUUUGUGUAUCUUUGAUGGUCCUGUUCCCCCGGAUACCGAGCCCGCUCUACCAGAUCCCGAAGAAGAGCCCCGGGAGUACGGCAGUGAGAAUGAUCCGAUCAAUACCUCCCUCGAGAAUAACACCCGAGUUGACCAUUACAUCCAUCUUUACUUCACGCAUUUUCAUCAACACUGGCCAAUCCUGCAUCGACACACCUUCAGUGUUCCUAGCGAGCCCCCAUUGCUGCUUCACGCAGUGUUGAUGAUUGGCCUCUGGGUCAGUGGGAGCCCGGCGGCGCAGCAAAAAGCUCGGAACUUGCAUUCCAAGCUCGGACUGGCGAUUUUAGCACAGCGGGACAACUGGGAACGAUUGCCGGUGGAAGGGGAGCACGAUAACGAAGCUUCAGACAGCCCACUUUCACGAUGGCCGAUUGCAACCUACCAAGGCAUUCUUCUCUACAUCAUAUUCUCAUUACUGGCAUCGAUUCCGAUUGGUCUCGAACUUAACCUCAGCCUAACCAUACCUUUGCCUGACCGUCAAAUCCUUUCCGCUCUGAUCGCAACCUGUCUGCGGAACAACCUAUUCUACUAUCCCAAUAUGCUUACAAGGUACCAACACGUGGAGUCUAUUACCUGCAUGUGGGUGGGAGUCGAAGAGAUCAAAAGGUUCGGUUUGGCCUUGUACAAGGUUUCUCGGCUUUGUGGAAGGAGGAGUUGCUUGGGAGAGUCCGAUGAGACUGAUGGUCGACUUCUUCGCCUCUCAGACCUACAGUUCCCUAUGCCGGAUAGGAAGAAUUUCUGGGAUGCUGGCUCGAAUGCAGAAUUGGCUCGACUUCUUUUGAUAUACUCUAGAAGAGAAGAUAAAUCGGAUGACGCUAGGGGUACCAAAUGGAUUUCACAAAGUGGAAUUUUAUUGGAAAGUGACGAAAAUUGGUGGAAUUGA